CAGCCGGAUGGUCAGAUGCCAAGUGAUAAAACCAUAGGGGGGGGAGACGAUUCCUUUAACACGUUCUUCAGUGAGACUGGGGCUGGCAAGCACGUGCCCAGAGCUGUGUUUGUGGACCUGGAGCCGACCGUGGUGGAUGAGGUCCGGACAGGCACAUACAGGCAGCUCUUCCAUCCCGAGCAGCUGAUAACUGGAAAGGAGGACGCAGCCAAUAAUUAUGCCAGAGGCCAUUACACCAUCGGCAAGGAGAUUGUUGAUCUGGUCCUUGAUAGGAUUCGCAAACUGGCGGAUCUGUGCACCGGCCUGCAGGGCUUCCUCAUCUUCCAUAGCUUCGGCGGGGGCACCGGCUCCGGCUUCGCCUCUCUGCUCAUGGAGAGGCUCUCCGUGGAUUACGGCAAGAAGUCCAAGCUCGAGUUCGCCAUUUACCCGGCCCCCCAGGUGUCCACGGCGGUCGUGGAGCCCUACAACUCCAUCCUCACCACGCACACGACCCUGGAACACUCCGACUGCGCCUUCAUGGUCGACAACGAAGCCAUUUACGACAUAUGUCGGCGCAACCUGGACAUCGAGCGGCCGACCUACACCAACCUGAAUCGGCUCAUCGGGCAGAUCGUCUCUUCCAUAACGGCCUCGCUGCGCUUCGACGGGGCCCUGAACGUCGACCUGACCGAGUUCCAGACCAACCUGGUGCCCUACCCGCGCAUCCACUUCCCCCUGGCCACCUACGCGCCCGUCAUCUCGGCCGAGAAGGCCUACCACGAGCAGCUGUCGGUGGCGGAGAUCACCAACGCCUGCUUCGAGCCCGCCAACCAGAUGGUGAAGUGCGACCCCCGCCACGGCAAGUACAUGGCCUGCUGCAUGCUGUACCGCGGGGACGUGGUGCCCAAAGACGUGAACGCCGCCAUCGCCACCAUCAAGACGAAGCGGACCAUCCAGUUCGUGGACUGGUGCCCCACCGGCUUCAAGGUGGGCAUCAACUACCAGCCUCCCACCGUGGUGCCAGGCGGAGACCUGGCCAAGGUGCAGCGCGCCGUGUGCAUGCUGAGCAACACCACGGCCAUCGCGGAGGCCUGGGCCCGGCUGGACCACAAGUUCGACCUGAUGUACGCCAAGCGCGCCUUCGUCCACUGGUACGUGGGCGAGGGCAUGGAGGAGGGCGAGUUCUCCGAGGCCCGGGAGGAUCUGGCCGCCCUGGAGAAAGAUUACGAGGAGGUGGGCGUCGACUCGGUGGAGGCCGAGGCCGAGGAGGGCGAAGAGUACUAGGCCAGGAGGGAUGCCCGAGCCUCGCUUCCCGCCCCCGAGAGUAUAACUAACUGGUUACAGAAUUUGUUUACGAAUAAACGUUUACGUAGUAACGCUGCGUCGUGCGCCUCUUCUCUGCGGCCUCCUGGCUCCCCCCAGGGAGGGCGUCGGGGUUCAGGGGGGCCUCUGGCCUGGCGACUCCCAGGACUGAUCUCACCUCGAGCCCUUGUAAGAACGAGGAAUGGCGCUAAUUCUAUGAACAAGCUUGGGGAAAUGCAUGGAGCUUUUUUCUUCUUAGAGAGCCCAAAUCAGCCCCGCCCAAGGCUACUGGAGAGCCGGGGAUCUAUCCAUCCACUGCCCCCCACAUGGAG